UGUUUGCCCUGCCUACUUGUGUUUGUCCUGCCUACUUGUGUUGGCCCACCUUUUGUCUGCUUGGAACCAACUACAACAUGGGGCCAACUUUAGGUGCCCAAUCCGACCCUGCCAAAGGCAUUUGCAAUAUCUAAAGUAUGUCUCUAUUGUUCCCAGCCAGGGUAGUAUUCGGGUAGAUCACGUGGUACUUCUAAGCGUUGAUUCUGACAGAGUCCGUGAGCAACACGGGAGGGCUGUACAAAGUCUUUAUGAGACGUUAAGGAAUGAAAACUGCACAAUGAGCUUAUCUUUUGCUGGAAUCCUAUGUUUCAAUUUGAGCCGAGCAGUUAUCAGUGAUCAAAUGGAUGUAAAAGAUCUUUGCUCUGAACUGGAGACAAUCCCCACUGAAUUGCAUCCUUUUUUCUCUGGCAUCAUUACUGUCUCUAAUCAGUUCUUGUGUGUUACCAACUGUAGUCUUGAGAGUCCACAUGUAAUAGACUGCAAUAAUGGACAAUGUCUGGUGUCAAACAAGGGUCCCAACUGCUACUGUGCAUCAUCAAGCCAGUUCUGGUACACUGGUGACCAGUGCCAGGUAGCAGUCAGUAAGCCUGGUAUUUAUGGCAGUGUGGCUUCCAUUCUAACUUUACUUCUGAUAAUCAUUUUCUUGCUGGCUUUCUCUUUAUACCGGCGGCAACGUAACAGGGACAAUCAAAAUUUAAUUGAUCCAGAAAGAAACUAUCAGGAGGAUGACUGGGAUUUUACUGUUCAAGAUACUGUCAUUGUCAAUGCCAGUUGUGUCUUGGAGACAUCAUCUGAAAGUGAUGCAGCAUCAAUAACUCUUCCAACUUUGGGGUCUCCAUUCAGAUCUCAGAGUUCUAGACCCGGCAAACAAAACUGUCCUUAGAAAAUGCUAAUUUUUACAAGGUGAGCAGACCCAGAUCCAACCUAAUCAACAAAUCUUUACAGUGAGUCACCAACAUCUCUGUGUACAAAAACGUUACAACAAGUGGUUCAUAACGUUCUGUCAACUCUGUAGCAAAGGAAAUGCACCUCCAUAAAUUACUUCAAAAGGAUGGCAUUCUUCUUCUUCGGUCAUUGGAGUAACCAAGCACCAAGUAUGAAGAUCCUAGAUCCUUGAAAGCAGAACAUCUAGAAAAAUAAAAAAUAAAAUAUAUUUAUAUUACUAUUUAAUUUUAAUUUAUAGGA